AUGGUGUUUUUGAUGGUUUAUGAAGUUCAGGUUGUUGUAAUGGAAUUCUCUUGGUCUGUGAUUUUGGUACUCACCCCUUCUCCAGUUAAGAUGGGUUUGGAAGUGUCUGUGUUGUGGGUAUUGGCUUUGGGUGGUAUUAGUGGGUGGGGGAUGUUGGUUGGUUGUGGUCAUGGAAUUGUCCUGCCUCCCAAACCUGAACUCAAACCACUACCACCAUCCCUGAAGUAUGCAUUUCUGGGAGAGGGUGAUACUUUUCCAGUGAUUAUAAGCUCUGCUUUGAAUCCACAGGAAGAGGAAGCACUGAUUCAAGUGCUAAGGACACACAAGACAGCUCUUGGGUGGUCCAUAAGUGAUCUUAAGGGCAUUAGCCCAGCUAGAUGCAUGCACAAGAUCCUGUUGGAGGAUAAUGCCAAACCAGUGGUCCAACCACAGAGGAGGCUAAAUCCAGCCAUGAAGGAGGUGAGAAGCAUGACAGUGGUUCAUAAUGAAAAAAAUGAACUGGUUCCUACAAGAACAGUCACAGGGUGGCGUAUGUGUAUUGACUACAGAAGGCUCAAUACAGCCACCAGAAAGGAUCAUUUUCCUUUACCAUUCAUAGACCAAAUGCUAGAAAGACUAGCUGGUCAUGAUUAUUACUGCUUUUUGGAUGGCUAUUCAGGUUACAACCAAAUUGCAGUAGAUCCUCAGGACCAAGAGAAAACAGCAUUUACUUGCCCUUCUGGCGUGUUUACCUACAGGAGGAUGCCUUUUGGUCUGUGUAAUGCUCCUGCAACCUUUCAGAGAUGCAUGUUAUCCAUCUUCUCUGAUAUGGUGGAGAAAUUCCUGGAAGUCUUCAUGGAUGACUUCUCAGUAUAUGGAGACUCAUUCAGCUCCUGUCUUAAUCACCUAGCACUUGUCCUGAAAAGGUGCCAAGAGACUAACCUGGUUUUAAACUGGGAGAAAUGUCACUUUAUGGUGACUGAAGGAAUUGUCUUUGGGCACAAAAUUUCAAGCAGGGGAAUAGAGGUGGAUAAGGCAAAGGUAGAGGUAAUUGAAAAAUUACCACCACCUGCCAAUGUUAAGGCAAUCAGAAGCUUUCUGGGGCAUGCAGGAUUCUACAGAAGGUUCAUAAAGGAUUUUUCGAAAAUUGCAAAACCUUUGAGUAACCUGCUAGCUGCUGACACACCAUUCGUGUUUGACACACAGUGUCAGCAGGCGUUUGAGACCCUGAAAGCUAAGCUGGUCACAGCACCAGUCAUCUCUACACCAGAUUGGACAUUGCCAUUUGAAUUAAUGUGUGAUGCCAGUGACCAUGCCAUUGGUGCAGUGUUGGGACAGAGGCAUAACAAGCUUCUGCACGUCAUUUAUUAUGCCAGCCGUGUUCUAAAUGAUGCACAGAAGAAUUACACAACCACAGAAAAAGAAUUACUUGCAGUGGUCUAUGCCAUUGACAAGUUUAGAUCUUAUCUAGUGGGAUCAAAAGUGAUUGUGUACACUGACCAUGCUGCUCUUAAAUACUUACUCACAAAGCAGGAUUCAAAACCCAGGCUUAUAAGAUGGGUGUUGCUUCUGCAAGAGUUUGAUAUAGAAAUAAGAGACAAAAAAGGGACAGAGAACCAAGUAGCUGAUCAUCUGUCCCGAAUAGAACCAGUAGCUGGGACGUCCCUCCCUUCUACUGAGAUCUCUGAGACUUUCCCAGAUGAGCAACUAUUUGCCAUUCAGGAAGCUCCAUGGUUUGCAGAUAUUGCAAACUAUAAAGCUGUGAGACAGGGGGAAGGUGAAGACAUAAAGGGCCGGUUACCACAAGCUGCAAGGAGAAAAUUGGGAAAAAAGCACCACAGAAGCGUGGAUGAAAGGAUUCGGUUCCGCCAAAGGGGAGCUCCGUCGGUGGAGAGACCCAGCAGGGGAGCUAUGCAAAAAAAGGGCAGGCCUAAAAAGGACCGAUCACGUAGAUCCAGCCCAAAACAAUCUAAAGAAAAAGAUCUCCCGAUGAGCACACAUGAUGAUGAGGAGAAUGAGCCUGUUGCUAAGAGGAUGUGCCGACUGUUUAGCCAGGGAGUUGACCAACAAAAACCAAGUGCCGAUCCCACCGAAGGCAACCUCAAUCAGGAUAACGCUCCCCAUGAAACACCUGUCUCUAGAGUUUCCGAUGCAGGAACACUCUCCGUUGUGUUAGUGCAACAUGAAGAAUGGGAGUUCGAUAGGCAAAACACGAGGCCACUACAGACCGUGAUGCCAGCCACUCCAUCUUGCAUGACUCCUAGUCCACUGAGCAAGAAGAUUUCAUCGGGCAUGACUCGGAUGGAACAGAAGUCUACCCAAUGUACUCCUAUAAAGGUGCAUCCAUUGCUAAAGGGGAGAAAGCUGGACGAGGAUGAUGAGGAGCGAUUGCGACGAUGGGCUGCCAAUGGUUCGUUGGAAAAAAGAUCAUUCAGUGGAUGUGUUCAACCUUUAAUGACUCAGAAUCAUUGCGGUUUAGGGAUGACUUUUACUGAAACUGUGUUGCAGAAGAGGAACUUGGAUUCCUUUAGGGAGGUUCCUACCAUUAGUUAUGUAGGGCUAGGUCCUCACUUCGAUGAUGAUUCUAUAUUUUUUGACAAGAUAGUAGCUUUCAUGCAAAAAUCGUGGUUUGACCCAGUCUGUAUCAAUCAUCAUUGGUGGCUGUAUGCCUUUGAGAUUACUCAGAAAAGACUGUGGGUGCUGGAUAGUAUGUAUUCAGGAGAGCAUAAUAAUGAAAAAUUAAAAGUACAUGCUUAUGCGGGGAGAAUCAUUGAAGACAUGGGAAAAGUUUCUAUGCUCGAAUAUGAGCCCACGGAGAACGACCUACCUCGUUUCUAUCCCAGCGUCCGAAAACAACAUCACUGUUGUGAUUGUCGUGUAUUCGUCAUCAAGUUCAUGCAAUUUUGGAGUUUAGAGAAACCCUUGCAGCUUUCGGACAAGCCUUCGGUCGUAAUCAGUCUACACGGCCGGUUUGUUUACGGUGGCACCGGUGACUUUAACCAAGAUUUUAAGUGGAUGGUGCUUCUGAUAGGCACUCGGAUGUUUCUUCUCAUUGUAAAAUGGAUGGUUUGGGAUAUGGUUUCUUUGUUUCAUGUGUUAGGCAUUAACGACUGUGUGCACUUCAUUGAGAUGUGA